CGCCUUCGAGUGCUAUUGGAAGACGCGACCAUCCGAAGCUGAUAAAUAAGGGGCCGGGCCGCGGCUGCGGGCCAGGUUGAACGCCCCGACCCGUGCGAGGGCCAGGUCAGCACCGGCCCCGCGAGGCGAAGCGAGGCGACCCCCGCGCAGCCAUGGCCUCGCUGCUGGGAACUUACUCGUGGCCCGAGGGGCUCGAGUGCCCGGCCCUGGAAACCGAACUGUCGGAUGGGCUGUCGCCGCCGUCCUCCACUCGCCCGCCGGGGGACAAGGGCUCGGAGAGCCGUAUCCGGCGGCCCAUGAACGCCUUCAUGGUGUGGGCCAAGGAUGAGAGGAAACGUCUGGCGGUGCAGAACCCGGACCUGCACAACGCCGAGCUCAGCAAGAUGCUGGGAAAGUCAUGGAAAGCGCUGACGCUGUCGCAGAAGAGGCCCUAUGUGGACGAGGCGGAGCGGCUGCGCCUGCAGCACAUGCAGGACUACCCCAACUACAAGUACCGUCCGCGCAGGAAGAAGCAGGCCAAGCGCCUCUGCAAGCGCGUGGACCCCGGCUUCCUCCUGAGCUCUCUCUCCCGGGACCAGAACGCCCUGCCCGAGAAGCGGGGCGGCGGCCGGGGGGCACUGGGGGACAAGGAGGACAGGGGGGUGGGCGCCGCCCUGCCCAGCCUGCGGGGCUGCUACCACGAGGGGCCAGCGGGCGGCGGUGGCACCCCAGGCAGCUCGGACACUUACCCAUACGGGCUGCCCACGCCUCCGGAAAUGUCGCCUCUGGACGUGCUGGAGCCGGAGCAGACCUUCUUCUCCUCCCCUUGCCAGGAGGAGCAUGCGCACUCCCGCCGCAUCCCCCAUCUGCCCCGGCCCCCUUACUCCCCUGAGUACGCCCCCAGCCCCCUUCACUGCGGCCACCCCCUGGGCUCCCUAGCCCUGGGCCAGUCCCCGGGAGUCUCUAUGAUGUCCACUGUACCCGGCUGUCCCCCGUCUCCUGCCUAUUACACCCCUGCCACCUACCACCCCCUUCACUCCAACCUCCAUGCCCACCUGGGCCAGCUCUCCCCGCCUCCUGAACACCCCGGCUUUGAUGCCCUGGAUCAACUGAGCCAGGUGGAACUCCUGGGGGACAUGGAUCGCAAUGAGUUCGACCAGUAUUUGAACACUCCUGGCCACCCAGACUCUGCCGCCGGGGCGGUGGCACUGAGUGGGCAUGCCCCAGGCUCUCAGGUGACAACGACGGGCCCCACAGAGACCAGCCUCAUCUCCGUGCUGGCUGAUGCCACCGCCACAUACUACAACAGCUACAGCGUGUCAUAGAUGCCAAGGCUGCCCGCCCACCCCUGCUUCACAGCGGCCACUCUCCUUUCUGCGCACUGAGCAGAGGCGGACUGCGCCGUGCUGCCGCCGGUGGGCAGGUGUGCACAGCCCGCCCCAGAGAACCGGGUUCUGCUCAUGCCAGUGCUCCCUCUGGGCCCCUUCCCAGCCCGCCCCACUCCCUGCAGCCUGCAUUUUGAGUAUAUUCCUUCAAACGAAUUUUCACUGGCUAUACCUGGGAAUAAGGCAAGGUAGUUGCUGAAAGAUCCUGGUCCCAAGUACAGUUUUCAACGACCUUUCCUCCCUGUCCCCAUCACAGAAACAAAUGUGUGCAAAGCCCAGCCGCCGCUCUCACCUCUGGCUCCUGACAUAGUCUUAGCGGGUACAGCCCGCCUGAUCUUUAGAUCUUCCAGGUGGGGAGAGCCCUGGGCUGGGACUCAAGAGAGCCAGGAUCCUGGAAGGGCUGGCGACACCUUGACUGGCCUCUCCUCCCCUUCCAGCCUGUCCUUCCAUAUAUGCAGUGGGGGACAGAUGACACCUAAGAUCCAUUCUUCUCUGGGGUUUUCUAAUUUAGGAUUCUCUCAAGGCUAAGUAAAAGGAAAACAAAGUUUGACUCAGUACACUCAGUAAGGUGUAACCUGUGAUAAUUCCGCGUGGGCAGCUAAGGACACAGGCUUUCUGCACUUGGGCUGCCUUCCAAAAUGAUCCUCAUCUUCCAAAAGGGCUCUUCCAGUUUGAGAAAAAACAGUCAUCUCGAUUUGGGAAAUUAACCACUAAAGUUGACGGUAUCAUUGAAAAUGAGAUUGAACCCAAGCUGUUUCUCUAAAAGUAUAUUUUUUAGGUAAAGUUUUUUUUUUUAUGACACAUUUCAAGAGGCUAUACACAACCUAAAUAUAUACAGUGUGUGACACACACAAACACUUUCACGCACACCCUUACUUUCAUGUAUGUGCAGCCUAAAUCAGAUACUGUUGUGGAUAUUGGCAGCUUGUCCACUCCCUGUUCGUAAUGACCCAAAAAGCAGGGGACCUAAAAAAGAAUUUCCUCCAAUCUGAAUGUGUCGAUUUCCUGAGCAAAGUUUCAGCACACCCUCCCCUCUGCAGAUGCAAAAGGAGCUUUCUUCCGGCUCUCCCUAACUCCCUCCCUCCUUCCUGGGAUUCUGCAUCCCCCACUCCAUCCCCAUCCUUUGCUCUUUCUCUACCCCUGAAUUGACCACUAAUUCAAAGAUUCCCCUGACUUCAAAAUUUCAAGCCUGAUCCUCAUGGCUGGGAUGGGAAUGCGUCCUCCUCACCAGCCAGCUGGUUCUUCCGGUAACAUCUUCAGCCAACACUUCAAAACACCUCCCCCACUGCACUCUCAUAGUACUUAAUUCCCAAAGAACAGAAAUGCACUGUGAUUCGGAAAAUGUUUCUGAGCCUUGACCCCACCCCUAAAACAUUUCCGUCCUUCUCUCAGACCUCCUUUGAAGGAACAUACCUAAAAGUGAGUGAAAAGGCAGUAGUUUGUCUUUUGAUGUCAGCAUAUUAUUGCCCGUAUGAAAUAUGUAAGUGUUUUAUAUAUUCUUCUACUAUUUUCACCUUAUAUUUUGUAUUGUUGAAAGAUCCUUUUUUUUCCUUCCAAGGAGUCCUAUUGUAAAAUCACUUAUAAGAUAUGAUUAAUCUUUACACUAUUACUGUAUGUGAUGUUUGGUAAUAAAUAGUAAAUCGUUGACAAUAUGAUUGACUGGUGCAGUUCAGAAUAUGUAUUAAUAAUCUUGUAAAACAUGAUCGCAGACAUUAAGCUAAACGGUUCCGUUUUUUGCUAAGAACUACACACACUUUGGAACAGUGGUGGAUGUUAUUUUGUCUAAAAUAUUUAAUUUAAAUAAAUUUUUUUUUGUACCAUGA